ACACCGAAACAGGAAAAAUCGGAAAGUGCCGUCUUCGAUCACUGUAUCAGCCGAUUGAUUGCGGUUGUUUGGGGGUAGAUUGCAUCUGUAUACGCUCCUGUCAGUGAGUGGAAUUUAUGAUACCAAAAUAGACAAUGGCGACAGCGUGGAGAGAAGAUCCCCGAUUAACUACUGCUCUAAGAGAGUUUGGAAAUGUUUCGCAGGAUAUUUCAGAAGUAUUUGACCAAACAAAGGCAAGAAGACAUUCUUCUCCUUCUGAUUUGACAUGGCAAGAGUUGGUUACAAUAUUAUGGACGGGAUGCAAACAAAGGCAUUCUUCGAAACAAUUACGGUCAUAUGUACUCGAAUUAAUAAGUCAAGCUGGGGAAAUGGUUGGUGAAGAUGAAAAUAUAGAGAUGAAAGAAACUUUUGCUGCUGAAAUAUUUCUUACAACCAUGACCCUGGAACAAGUUGAAUCGAAGCAUAUCAAUAAAAUUAGGAAAACUUUACCUACAGCAACCAAUAAUGAUAUAAGAGAUUUUCAUGAGACUGUAAAAAAAAUUAAAAGUUUUGUUGGACCAAGUGUUUUCAACAAAAUCAAAUCACAAGUGGAUGAAACUCGAACAGCAACAACAUUCGGAACUAAAAUUAAGUUUUCAAAUGAUUUACCAUCAUUGUUGCAAAGUACAGAGAUGGAUUCUGAUGAUGAAGCUCAAAACGACAAUAAUGAUAAACUAACUGAUUCAUUUAGACAACUAACUAUAUCACAAGUUAAGGCUACUGAAAAGUCAUCAAGUUCAAAUAAAAUAUCUUCUUCAUUUGAUGUUCCAUGGCUAGAGAAAAAUUUACGGAAAUAUUUUCACUCCGAUCACUUUUUACCAAAUAUAAUGUCUUUACUUCAAUCUUCAUCAUCCAAUGAUCAUCUGCAAAAUGAGCUGUUCGAUUUACUUGGAUUUGACAGAUUUGAUUUGAUUCAAGAAUUAUUGGAGCAUAGACAGGAUUUACUCAAGGAUCAAAAGAGAAGAGAAAUAUUAGAAUCUGGAUCUCGUUUCAAAUCUAUUGAUUCACGGCCUACAUAUGGAUGUCAGGUCACAGUUCAGACUGAUCAAGAAAAACAAGUAUCAAAAGCAUUCAGGCGGGAAGAGAAAAGAUUUGCUAAGAAAGGAAUGAAAAAUGGAAAUGAUGAUGGAGGAGAUUCAGAAAUAAUGAAUCCUGAUUUGCUGAGGGAACAAAGGGCUAUGGCUUUACUACAAGCUGCAUCUGCUCCAUUGUUUUCUCAGAGAGGCAAAAGCAUUGGAAAUAUAGAAAGAUAUCCUCAUGUUUAUGAUUCACAACUCAGUGCAAAACAUAGUGCAGCAUUAGCUGGUGGAAAGAAGAUGACUCUACCUGAAGGAUUUGAAACAAAUCAACAAAAGUUUAUGAGGAAAUUCGAAUUCCAGUUAAAUCAUCUAAUUUAAGAUUUGAUCAACCUCUUGGUUAAAAUUAAGGAUCUUGAUAGGU